AUGUACCGGAAGGACGAGGCUGAGGAAUUGAUUCAAGAGUUGGAAAAUAUGCGUCGGUCUUACAAUACCGACCGUGUUCGAGCGGAGAACUUGUUGGAGAACUCUUACAAUAGUAUGAAACGCAAGGCAGAGCCUGCGCGAGGAGACUGUUGUGGCGACUCUGCCCAGAGGCUGCAAAACGCCUUAAUAGAGAAGAAAAUAGCGGACCAAUGGGUCGCUGAACUUAAGUGGCUUAUCCAUACUGAAAGGGAAGCGAACAAUAUCUACUCGAAGGAGUUGCACAGAAAAUAUGAUGACAAUUGUGCCACAAUUCGAAGAAUUGAUGAGAGGUGUCAAAAUCUGGUGCGAGAAAUAGGAUGGAUGCUGGAAUGGAUCGAGAUACCCAUCCGCAACGCCAGGAAUCCUACUGAAUAA